CUAAGGCCAAGGAGUCGCUCUGGGCUUGCCCGGGUUCAGUACCCAUUCAUGUAGCCCCCAUCAAAGAGCGCUCAGGCUGGCAGGGUCCUAUGGGACCACUGGGCCAGCAUGCUUCUCUCUCCCGUGAGGGAACUGAGGCCUGGGGCUGGGGCUUGUCCUUCAGCACCUCUGCAAUCAGGGAGAACUUUGCCUCUCCCCAGCACCCUGGUUCUUGAACUGGAAGCUGAGCUCUGAGGUUUGGAAUCUGACCCAGAGGUCCUGUGAAGUCCUGUCUGCUCUCUUUCACUAGACCACCUACUGUUGCGGCUGGAGGGGACACUUUGGCAAAUGAACUGCUCGAUGAUGUGCUUAAUGGCAGUCACCCUAUAUUCAGAUCCACCUGGCAAGUCUAUCUGAGGUUAAGCUGAAAUAACAAGAAAGGCCCAAAGAGUGCAGAAGGUUCUGGGAAAUAGAAGACCCCACAGCCCGACUGGCUUUGGUCACCUAAGAAUGGACUCUCCUGCCUGUGCUGCUUCCGCCACCCCUGUUCCAGCGCUGGCCCUGGCCCUUGCUCCGGCCCCAGCACAAGCCCCGCUGGCACUCCCUGGCCUGUUAAGCGCGUCUCCUCUUCUCUCCUCUGGACAAGAAGUAGACGGGAGUGAGAGAGGAGCUUGUCUCUGGAGGCCCUGGCUGUCCUCCACAAAUGACUCCCUAAGGCAGAUGAGGAAGCUGGUGGAUUUGGCUGCCAGUGGGACAACAGCUGCUGAGGUCACCAAGGCUGAAUCCAAGUUCCAUCACCCUGUCAGGCUCUUCUGGCCUAAAUCUUACUCCUUCGAUUAUCUGUACAGUGCUGGGGAGACUUUAUUGCAGAACUUUCCUAUCCAGGCAACCAUCAACCUAUAUGAGGACUCAGACAGCGAAGAUGAAGAAGAGGAUGAAGAGGAGGAGGAGAAGUAGGAGGCUGAUGAAAAGGAGCCAGAAGGGUGUGUGAGGGUACCAGGGUUCAUAUCUUACAGCGCCAUAGCUCAUUUCUCUUCCUCACCCCUGGCCUAUCCAAAUGGAGGCAGCCAGAGUCUGAUUGGGGUUGUUUGUCAGGCAAGUUUCCACAGACUUCAAUUAGCCAGGGGUAUUAGUCCAGCAGGUAGAGAUUUCUGGACUGAAAAUUGGGUCCUCUGGCUGCCCAGCUCACCACAGCUUACCUGACUGCCUUGUGAGCCCAGACUUCUGGCAUCUCAUUGUCUGGGCUGCUGUUGCGUUGACAAUGGGAGCGUUCUAGGAGCUCUAGAAAAAGGAAGGCUUGCCGAAGCCCCAGGAAGCAGAGCAGGACAGGGCACGUCCUUGUGGAGGGAAGUCGUUACUCCUCAGGCCCUUUGACUCCCCAGCCUUCCCAGGUGGCCUGACUUCUGGCAGAUCCAUGCAAGGUUGGGGUGCCUUUUUGAUGAGUCCUACAGGAAGGGAAGGGGGCGUGUAGAGAAUCGGCUUGCUCUGGAGAUGCCCCCCAUUUUGCCUGCUAUCCAUUAAAGUCUGUAUGUUGGCAUGAGAUGAAUCAGUCGAAAAAUAAACUUGAUGGUGUUUUUCUUUUUCUUGGAA